AUGAGUGUAGACAGUGUUUAUAAAUAUAUUGUUUUCGAUGUAAUCAGAAAUAUAAAGAGCAAUAUAAAGAAUGAUUCCGACACUGAAAAUGUUGACGAGAGUAUUAUUGAUGAAAUUCAAACUAUGUGGUUAGAUAGAUUAACACAAACAGGUGCAAUUAGUAAUCAAAAUGAUCCUGAUGAAACAACAGCAACUACAACAACAACUCAACCACAAUCUACAUUAUCAACAGUUGAGCAUGAAAAUGUUAGAAAUACAUUAAAUAGUUUAAUUCAAUUAAAUAAUAAAUCACAAACCACUACAACUACAACAACAUCAACAUUUGGAAAUCCACAACAAUAUUUACCCCCACAAAAGGAGGUUUCAAAUGGAACUUCGCCAACAAUGAAUAGUAGUAAUGGUAGCAACAACAAUAAUAAUAAUAAUAACAGUAAUAAUAGCAGUAAUAGCAGUAAUAAUAAUAAUUUACCAUCCUCUUUAAGAAGUAUUAUGAAUCCAAUGCCACAAAAUGAUGGUACUUUGGAUGAAAGUGAUAACGAUGACGAUAAUAAUAAUAAUAAUAAUGAUAAUGAUAAUGAAAAUAAUAAAGAUAAUAUAGAUAAAUUAAUUAUAGAUGGUUUUAAAAAGAAUUUUAAUUUUAAUGGUGAUGAAGUUAUCCCUCAAAAUGAUGGGCUUAAUGAUGAUGAUGAUUUGGAUGAUGAAGAAAUUGGUGGAGGAGGUGGUAAAGUUGAGGAGGACUCAUUGGGUAGUGAUUUAGAUGACGACGAUGAUGACGACCCAGAUCCAAUUAUCGAACAUUUUGUACUUUGUCAAUAUGAAAAAGUAUCAAGAAUAAAGAAUAAGAGAAAAUGUAAUUUUAAAGAUGGCAUUAUGCAUUUGAAUGGUAAAGAUACCCUCUUUAAUAAAGCAAAUGGUGAAAUGAUUUGGAAUUAA